GUUGCUGAUAACUCGUUCUAAUCAUGGCUUCCAAGUUUAGGAGCGAUAGGAAGUUUCACGAAAGUUUUGAGCUCAAGGAGGAGCUUGGAAAGGCCUUCAGCACCGUUAGAAGAUGCAUUCAUAAAGAAAGUAAACUAGAGUAUGCAGCAAAGAUCAUCAAUGCUGGGAAACUAUCAGCUCGAGACUUGCAAAAGCUCGAAAGAGAAGCACGUAUUUGUAGACGGUUGAAACAUCCUAAUAUUGUUCAACUACAUGCAAGUAUGGCUCAAGACAAUGUCCACUAUUUGGUCUUUGAUUUAGUUACAGGUGGUGAAUUGUUUGAAGAUAUUGUGGCUAGGGAAUAUUACAGUGAGGCUGAUGCCAGCCAUUGUAUUCAACAAAUAUUAGAGAGCGUUCAACAUUGUCAUAAUUUAGGUGUUGUACAUAGGGAUUUAAAGCCAGAAAAUUUGCUUUUGGAAUCAAAGGAAAAGAAUGCCAUCGUCAAACUGGCUGACUUUGGCCUUGCAAUUGAAGUGGACACAAACAAAUUUGGCUGGUAUGGGUUUGCAGGAACUCCUGGUUAUUUGUCUCCAGAAGUUUUAAAAAAGGAUAACUAUGGCACUGCCGUGGAUGUCUGGGCUUGUGGGGUGAUAUUGUACAUUUUGCUCGUUGGCUAUCCCCCGUUUUGGGACGAAGAUCAGCAUAAAUUAUACAAUCAAAUCAAAUCUGGCGUUUACGAUUACCCGUCGCCCGAAUGGGACACGGUCACUACCGAAGCUAAGACGUUGAUUGAUAAAAUGUUGACAGUCAAUCCAGAAAAACGAAUUACUGCCAGCGAAGCCUUAAAAGAUCCGUGGAUUGUGAAUCGCGAUGGAGUUGCUUCGAAGGUUCAUCGGCAAGGAACAAUUGAUGGACUUAGGAAAUUUAAUGCCCGACGAAAGUUGAAGGGAGCUAUACUAACAACCAUAGUGGCUCGUAGGUUCUCGUCUAAUUCAGUUCGCGGGCAUUCGACUUCGUCAAAGAAAAAAAGUUCCGACGAGGAACAAACUGUAAUAGAAGAAACGGAUGCGUCGAAAGGUGACGUUGAACAGGAAAUCAUCAAAUUAACGCAAAAAAUGUUGACAAGUACGACAACUGGCGAUUUCGAGACAUAUAGCAAAUUGUGUGACUUCUCGAUGACAUGCUUUGAGCCCGAGACAAAAGGAAAUUUGGUGCAAGGUCUGGAAUUCCAUAAAUUUUAUUUAGAAAAUGUGCAAUCAAAGCGAACGACACCCAUCAACACUACUCUGUUAACACCCUUCGUUCACGUAUUGAGCGAUGAAUCUGCAGUGAUAUGUUACAUUAGGCUAACACAGUAUCUGGACAGCUCUGGCCAUCCACAUACGACACAAUCUGAAGAGACGCGCGUCUGGCAAAAGAAGUCUGGACACUGGGUAUGCGUGCAUUUUCAUCGCUCGUCCCAGGAUCCGUAAGUUGACAUCACCCGGUUCCCUCGUAACUAUGGUUUUGACGUGGUGCCGUCAGAUUUGAAUUAACUCGUGAAAUAUGAAGAAGAUGUGUUUGUCAAGUCUUUCAUUUUUUCGUUGUAGUAAUUUAUGUAUAACUUGAAUGAGCAUUUUAAAAUCACCCGAAUUCGCAGGAAUUUUUUAUUGCAAUUGAAUCGAAAUGCGUUACCUCUACAUGAAUUUAGUUGCCAGCAUAUAUUUGUCCUUAAGUUGACAAUAUCGCAGGCGGGUACUUUGCGUAGGAUAGAAUUACAAAUAUACGGGUGUUUUGUGGAUAAUUUUUCAAAUGUCAUCUGUAAGGAACAGAUGGUUAGGUAGGCAAAAUGCACCAUUUUUAGGAAUAAUAUUCGCUAACUGUUCUAAAAUUUUAAAAAUGUACACUUCGAAUAUAAAUGAAUGAGCUUGCCUUUGUGAAUUACUUCGCAUCGCCAAAUUAUUUGUGUCUGGUUGUGAAACUUAAUCAAAUAAUUGACGCGAGGAACAAGUUCAUUUGUUUAUCAUAACUUUAUUGGUUGAAGCUAGAACAUGUCGUGUUUAGUAGGUUGCCUUGUACGACUGUGGAAAUUGAGCCAGUAUGUUCUCUGAGUUAAGUUUAUUUAUUUCAUUUCUAUUUAUGCUUGAUGUAAAUCAUAAAUAAAUGACUGCCGACAUUCUUGUAAUGAUUUAUGCGUAAAAUAAAAAUCCUACUGGUUUUCGCGA